AAACAGGGAGGGACAGUGAACCGCACCGGAGCUUCCAUUGCGCACAACACAAACCAUCCGUGACUCCAAACGAGUGGCAGUGCUCCUCCUCCGGCUCGGGUGGAUUUACUGUUCGGGGCGUCUGCUGCAGCUGCAUGGAGGCAGAAUAGAGACUCUGCAGCAGGAAGGUCAGCUGCGGAGGAUUAAGUCUGCGGAGGCACAGGCACCCUGUCCGAACACCGGGACCCCACCCGGCCGCAGGUUUCCUGGCGGCGGUGGAGCUCCCACACGGUGACAGCUGUCAGCCAGAAAUACCUGCCAGGAAGAUGAGGGAAGACCCUUCUGAUGAAGAAUAUCUCAACGGAGGAUGCACUAAAGGAUGAACACAAAAGGAAGGGGUAAAAGAGGAGACUCAAAAGUUCAACAGAGUAGAACAAAUGGAAACAAACGGAUCAGUAAGAGGAGGAAGGGAAAUGUGAGGAGCUUUAUGAAAGAGGAAAGAUAGAAACAGAAAAACUUCUAAGGAGGAAAACCACAUCAAGUAAACAGAUUGAAAGAGUCUGGCUGAGGGAGGAAAAAAACAUCUGGAUGGUCUCCACAGUGACAGCCAGCUGGUUACCCACCCUCCGAAGAUGGCUACCAACUUCAACGACAUUGUCAAGCAAGGCUACGUGCGCAUGCGCAGCCGCAAAUUGGGGAUCUAUCGGCGUUGCUGGCUGGUGUUUAAGAAGUCAUCUAGUAAAGGACCUCGUCGCCUGGAGAAAUACCCCGAUGAGAAGUCCGCCUACAUCAGAGUCUGUCCCAAGGUGACAGAAAUUAGUAAUGUCAAGAAUGUUACGCGGUUGCCUCGAGAUACCAAGCGACAGGCCGUGGCUAUUGUGUUUACAGACGACACCUCACGUACCUUCACUUGUGAAUCAGAGCUUGAGGCAGAAGAUUGGUUCAAGACGCUGUCAAUUGAGUGUCUUGGCAUGCGGCCCAGUGAUAUCAGUAUGGGAGAGCCUGACCUGCUGGCUGCUGGCGUACAAUGUGAACACACAGAGCGUUUCAACGUGUUCCUUCUCCCCUGUCCCAACCUGGACAUCUAUGGCGAGUGCAUGAUGCAGAUCACCCAUGAGAACAUUUACCUUUGGGACAUUCACAACCCUCGCACAAAGCUAGUCACCUGGCCUCUCUGCUCCCUUCGGCGCUAUGGACGGGACGCGACCCGCUUCACCUUCGAAGCUGGACGGAUGUGUGACAGUGGUGAAGGCCUUUACACCUUCCAGACCAGAGAGGGAGAGCAAAUCUACCUAAGGGUUCACUCCUCAACAUUGGCCAUCGCUGAGCAUCACAAGAAGGUCCUGCUGGAGAUGGAGAAGAACAGCAGGUUAAUGUCCAAGAGUUCAGAGCCUGGCUCCUACCCCUCUACCCCCACUGCCAUACUGCCCCGAUCCGCCUACUGGCACCACAUCACUGGGAAUCAGACCAGCAUGGAUCCUGGUUCUGGUGACUUAUCAGAAGACCACCUAUUGUCUACCUGCUUGCCUUCUGACCACCAUGCCACGCUGCCAAUGGCAAAUGCACAUGAACAGUCCCAGGCACCUGUACACACACACUACCCCACCUACACCGAACAGUGACAUACACAACGUGGAUGCUGAAUUACAUGCAAACACAUAGCCACAUGCAUGCAUUCACACACAAUUCACACACUGAAGGCACUACACUGUCUGCUCUUGAAUAUGUUUGGCAUCCCAACGUCACACCUCACAGGACGUGUUGGCAGCAGGACUCACACUGGCCAACAGAGCGUCUUGAAUGCACAAGAAUUCAAGUUGACUCUAAUGAAGACUACAAGGAGGUGCAGCUCCCACAGUUCCAUACAGACAGGAGAAAUUUGACAUUUUUGUAGACUCACAUUGGCAUGUGUUGCCUACAAAUUAAAGUAAAGACUGAAAGCUCUCAGCAUGUUUAAAACCACCUAGUCUGUAUUGCAUGUUGUCCAACUACUGUAAGGGAGGCUGGCAGAAGUGGCAGGCGUGGACCCAAAUGCACGACACAGAAGCAGGCUUUAGAUAAGGCAAAGUUCUUGGUUUAUUUAACGAAGCAGGGGUCAGAUACCAGGCAGUCAGUCCGAUGCAAGCAAAAACCGACAAGGGGCAGGCAGAAGAGGAGUCCAAGGCAAAGGCAGGCAGGUCAGGAGGGAGAUCAGGCAGUAAAGGUAUCAGGUAAGUAGCGCUGGAAAGAUUAGGCACGAACACACUAAAUGAUCUGGCAGAGGACAAGAGGAACAGGCAUGCAGAUAUAGAGGGGAGACUAAUGAGGGAAGUGAAGACAGGUGCGUCUGUGGGUGGCGCCGAUGCAGAGGUGCAGAGCAGGAAGGGAGUGGCCGAACUCUGAAAUGAUACAAGAAUUAGUAAUAGAAAUUAAGACAAGUGAAAACAUUAAUAGGAGGGUGAAUCUGUGACAGAACCCCCCCCCCUAGGGACGGCCCCUGACGUUCCCCCAGGCUGGUCAGGAUGGGACCUAUGGAACUCUCUGAUGAGUUGACGGUCGAAGAUGUUGCGGGAGGGUUCCCAGGAACGCUCCUCUGGUCCAUAUCCCUCCCAAUCCACAAGGUACUGGAGCCCCCUACCCCGUGGUCGGGACCUCAUGAUCC